AUGUCAGGCAUUCUCGGUCUCUCCCAAAGUCGCGUGUUCUUCCACAAACGUGGCGAUCGUGGCAAGGUUCCCAAGUAUCAGAACACCUAUCGGCUGGAACCGUUUCAUUACUUCGACAUCGAGGUGGUCGAUAACAUGGUGAAAGACAUAAUGGAGAGUAGACUGUCCUGGACGACAUCGUAUCAUCCGAAUCAAAUGGCGAAAUUGUCCUUCGAGAUUGGAGCCGAGUUGCAAAAGGCACUCUGCAAAAAGGAUUACGAUAGGUACAAAUUAGUGGUACAGGUGACUAUAGUUCAACGUCUUGAUCAAAGUAUCCACGCGGGGUUUCAGUGCCUUUGGGACGUGGACCGGGACAAUUAUUCCUACUAUGUUUUCCAAAACAACCAUAUCUACGCGUGGUGUUGCGUGUUCGCUACGUACUUCGAGUGA